GUACGUUCCCAGAAACACAAUCAAUUACAACUCUCUCCACUGUUCUCCUUCUGCUCUCCAUUUCCUUAGAUCUAAUUUUGAAUUUUUUCGCUGAUGGCUACAAUCCAAUCCGUCAAGGCAAGGCAGAUCUUCGACAGCCGUGGAAAUCCCACCGUCGAGGUUGAUAUUGUGUUGUCUGAUGGAACCUUGGCUAGAGCAGCUGUUCCGAGUGGUGCAUCUACUGGUAUUUACGAGGCACUUGAGUUGAGGGAUGGAGGAUCUGACUACCUGGGGAAGGGUGUGUCAAAGGCUGUUGAGAAUGUCAAUGCCAUUAUCGCCCCUGCUUUGAUUGGAAAGGACCCAACUGAGCAAGCCCAGAUUGACAACUUCAUGGUUCAACAACUCGAUGGAACUGUUAACGAGUGGGGAUGGUGCAAGCAAAAGCUUGGAGCCAAUGCAAUACUUGCAGUGUCACUUGCUGUUUGCAAAGCUGGUGCUAGCGUGAAGAAAAUUCCUCUUUACAAGCACAUCGCCAAUCUUGCUGGUAACAAGAACUUGGUUCUUCCCGUUCCUGCAUUCAAUGUCAUCAAUGGUGGAUCACAUGCAGGAAACAAGCUGGCAAUGCAGGAGUUCAUGAUUCUACCGAUUGGAGCUUCUUCAUUCAAAGAAGCCAUGAAGAUGGGUGUUGAAGUUUACCACAAUUUGAAGUCUGUCAUCAAGAAGAAGUAUGGACAGGAUGCAACGAAUGUUGGUGAUGAAGGUGGUUUCGCCCCUAACAUCCAGGAGAACAAGGAAGGUCUUGAAUUGCUUAAAACUGCAAUUGCCAAAGCUGGUUACACUAGCCAGGUUGUUAUUGGAAUGGAUGUUGCCGCAUCUGAAUUUUAUGGAUCAGACAAGACCUAUGAUUUGAACUUCAAAGCCGAGAACAAUGAUGGCUCACAGAAGAUCUCAGGAGAUGCUCUUAAGGAUCUGUACAAGUCUUUUGCCUCUGAAUAUCCUAUUGUGUCUAUAGAAGACCCAUUCGACCAAGAUGACUGGGAGCACUAUGCAAAGAUGACCAGCGAAAUUGGAGAAAAGGUUCAAAUUGUGGGAGAUGAUCUCUUGGUUACCAACCCCAAGAGGGUGGAGAAGGCCAUCAAGGAAAAAACUUGCAAUGCUCUUCUUCUAAAGGUCAACCAAAUUGGAUCCGUCACUGAGAGUAUUGAGGCCGUGAAGAUGUCAAAACGUGCUGGUUGGGGAGUGAUGGCCAGCCACCGAAGUGGAGAGACCGAGGACACUUUCAUUGCUGAUCUCUCUGUUGGUUUGGCCACGGGUCAAAUCAAAACUGGAGCUCCUUGCCGAUCGGAACGUCUUGCUAAAUACAACCAGCUGUUGCGUAUUGAAGAGGAACUUGGCUCAGCUGCAGUGUAUGCUGGAGCCAACUUCCGCAAGCCCGUUGAGCCCUACUAGAUGAAGCUGGAAAGUGUUGGGAGAAUGGAUGGGUAGUUGUUUUGUGGAACUCAGAUAAUCCCAAUUUUUACCUUAAUAAGUUCAGAAGAGUUUUGUUCUGAGAGGUUGAACAAUAGUGUGUUCCGAGAAGUUUCUUUUUUUUUUUUCCCCCUUUGUCUAGUAAGACAUGAUGCGUCAUGUUGUAGUUGCGGAUUAUCCAGCUAUGAUUUUAAAUGGAUGAGUUCCUUUUAAAGCUUGUUCGACGUGCUUUUCUCAA